AUGGCUUCAAUUCCUGCCGCCCGAUCGGAGGAUUCUCAUUUAGCCCCGGAGAGCGCUGCCGUCGCCUCGCCCAAAGCCCUGUAUUCAUCGUCAUCCUCGAACCUGGCCGUCUCCGACUCCCCCUCGCACUACUCGUCAUUUUCCAGCUCCGAUAGCGAUGAACCGCUUCCGCAUUCGACCGAGGUUACCGAUGAAGAUGCUGCCGGUGAUGUGGUGGGGGUGAGCAUUGGGCGCGAACAGAGUCGCAUGAAGGCCCGCGCAACACCCCUGGAAGAGAAGAAUCGGGUCCUGGAACAUCACGGCGGAUACUUCGAAGCAAUCCCAGAUACAGUCGGCGAAGAUGGUCUAUUUGUGUCGGAGCUCACGGCGGAGCCAGAGUCUGAGGAAUCCAAGAACGAGAAGCCCCAGGCCCAGGAGCCCCGGGAAGGAACAUAUGGGGAAAAGGAGCGGGCGACCUAUCCCUCUGUGAGGUACAAAGCUCCCGAACAGCACCUGGCGCAUGGCCCACGAAGCGAUCUCUUUGCCUCGGCUUCUGAAAAGCCUCCGUCCAAAGAUACAGCGCUCAGUCAACGGUCGGGUUUCGUCGGGUCUCUAUUGAAGAACACCUUACCCCGUCGACCACGCGCCUGGUCCGGCGAGCUCAAGCGAUUCCUGCCUGACCUCACAUCACUGCGAAAGCGCCCUUCACUCUCAUUCCGGGUCCCCAAUGGCCAAAACCGAACCCGCAGUCAGACCGUGGCUCCCUCAGCGAAACAAACAACCAGUCUGCCGAAGCGGACAUCAUCCUUGGUCGAUCGGCGUCCCCCGCGGUCGCCCCUUGCGCCGGACAGCCUCAGCAAUGACGACGAGGAGUCCAAUCAGUCAAUCCCUGAGCUGCGGGCGCCCGAUGGGACCUCGGCUGCGAAGCAUUCUUUCGCGAGACGCCCUAGCUCGGCGAUGCCUGGCCGACCGCCAAGCUUGCGAAGAUCUUCCUCAGAUCAAUCGUUGUACUUGCGCGCGUCGUCCACGGCAUCGUCCCUUGAGCAGCGUCCAUUAUAUGAAAAUGUGCACGCCCAGGUCAACAGCCGCUUCAAGGCCAUCAAGGACAGUCUCCAAGACUCCAGUAGCAGGCUAUUAAGCAUGCCAGCUUUACAUCUGCAGGACAUGCGUCCUGAUUGGGGAUCCCGCCAGUUCCUACCUGAGAUUGGAAAUAACUCGAGUAGCAGUAACACUAAUGCGACCGAUAGGGGCUUACCAUCACAACGAUCUGCGAGCCCACCUCCCCCGCGGAACCCUGACCCAACACAUCCGAUUCUGGAGGAGGCCAUGGCAGAACUCACGGGAGAUGUCGUGAUCCUGGGAGGGUACCGAGGGUCCAUUCUGCGGUCCGCAAAACCACCCCAAAGACAGCUUUGGGUGCCGAUGAAGGUCGGCCUGAAUCUCCGUAAAGUGGACUUGGAAGUCGGGUUGAACCCGGAAGACGAGGAGCGAAUGGAAGAGACAAUCAUCCCAUCUGGUGUUCUCUCCCACGUCGGCCCCGUCGAUGUCUGCCGCCGGUUGAUGAAACGGCUCCGCAAGAGCGACAAUGCCAUGCGAGGGGAUUUGCGCGUUCACGACUAUGGUUAUGACUGGCGACUCAGCCCGGAGCUCCUUUCUCGCAGGCUCAUUGCCUUCCUCGAGGGUCUCCCCUGUAACCAGAAAUCUUCAACCGGGGAGCCUGGGCGCGGCGCAACAGUCAUCGCACACAGUCUGGGCGGUCUCAUCACGCGCCAUGCAGUGAACGAGCGUCCAGAUCUAUUCGCUGGUGUUGUAUACGCAGGUGUCCCACAGCACUGCGUGAACAUCCUGGGACCCCUCCGCAACGGCGACGACGUCCUUCUCAGUUCACGGGUCCUAACAGCCCAAGUAAACUUCACUUUCCGCACAAGCUUCGCCCUCCUCCCAGAAGACGGCCACUGCUUCAUCGAUAAGCAAAGCAAAAAGGAAUUCCGCAUCGACUUCUUCAAUGCCCAAACCUGGGACGACCACCAUCUCUCCCCCUGCAUCAAACCAGCCCUCCCAGUCCCACCAGCAACAAACAACGGCCUAGGCCUAAAAGACAUCCCCAUCAUCGGCAAACGUUUCUCCAUGCCUCCACCCCCAGACUCAAAUGACACCUUCGACCUCUCCGACCCCUCAAACCCAACCCUAGAAACAAACAAGGACAUCACAGCCCGCAACCCAAGCCACAACCCACACAACAUCCCCCACCCAGCCGCAUACGCAGCACAAGCAGCAGAAAAGGCCCAAAACCCCGCCGACGGAAUCGUAGGCCCACAAUCACACCCGCGCGGCAGUGCAGGGACCAGCAAAGCAGCAACAACAUGCACGAUUCCACGCGGCGCAGCAAUGGAGUAUCUCCAGCGCACACUGUCCGACACCAAGCGAUUCAAAUCGAAUCUGGCAUUCCGGCCAACACACCACUCCGAGAACAAGUAUCCGCCCGCGGCGGUCUUGUACGGCAAGUCUGUGCCGACGGUGUAUGGAGCGCGGAUCGUCUCGGCAGAGUGUAUUAAGCAAGUUGAUGCUUAUGACGAUCUUGCCUUCGCGGCUGGUGAUGGUGUUUGUCUUGCUAGUGCUGCGAUGUUGCCGCCUGGAUAUCGCAUUAUUAAGGGCGGGUUGGUGAAGAGUGAUCGUGGACAUGUGGGGUUGCUUGGUGACCUUGAGGGAGUUGGACAGUGUUUGAGGGCUAUUCAUCGGGGAAGGAAGGAGGGUGUUGGUCUUGGUGAGAAGGAGUUGUGA